GCAUCCCGCCUGUGGACUUCCGGGCCGUUCAACGCACAUUUUUCCUUCCGCGGGUUUGUGAAACGAAAAUCACACGAACCUUUCUGUCGAUUUGUAUUCAGCAGGAACAAAAUGAGUAAAGCACAUCCACCCGAGCUUAAAAAGUUUAUGGACAAGAAGCUUUCUUUGAAGCUGAAUGGUGGCAGACAUGUCCAAGGUAUCCUCCGAGGGUUUGACCCAUUUAUGAACCUGGUGGUGGACGACUGCCUGGAGAUGGGCCCAGGAGGUCAACAGAAUACCAUUGGCAUGGUGGUAAUCAGGGGGAACAGCAUCAUCAUGUUGGAGGCUUUGGAGAGAGUAUGAGAGAAGUCAUCAUGGUUGAAGAGAAUCAUCUAUAUUCUGUUUUCACUUUUAGUUCUUUGUGAAGGAGGUGAAGCAGUGGUUCGUUGGUGUAGCACUGCUUCACCUCUUUAAGACGUGAGUUACAUGAGCAGAUCUGUUUGGAACCGCUUUGACUUGUGUAAUGUGAAUAAAUGUUUUUCUUUGUA